AUGGGUAAACCGCCGGAGGGUGGAGAUCUGCUCCUGGCGUGUCUCCUUAUACUCAUUGGAGUCACUGGGGCACAAGAGGAUUAUGGCUGUCCCGAACAGGAGAAAAUUGCACCAUGCAGGUGCUCUACGAGGGAUAUGGAGUAUCAAAUUUGGUGCAGUCACAGCGAACUCCCAAAAGUCCUAGAAGGCCUAAACUCAGUCAGCCGCUACAUAUCGCGCCCCAUAGACGAGCUGAUUCUCGAGAACAACAACCUCCCCAGCCUACCCGGUAAAGUCUUCACUUCCCUCCGAGUGCUACGCCUGAUGUUACGCAAUAACCACCUGGAGCGCGUCUCUUCCGGCUGGCUGGAAGGUCUGCACGACUCCCUCCUCGAGCUCUUCCUGGUGGAGCCCGACCUGCGCUCCCUCCCCAUCGACAGCUUGGACAACCUCCAAGGCCUCGAGGCGAUCACCCUCCAAAGCGGGUCCAUGAAGCGUUUCCCCCGCUUCUCAGGCUUAUCAAAAAUCCGCUACCUCCAGCUCAACUCCAGAGCACUGACCGAGCUCUCCCCCCUAAACUUUCGAGAAUUACCAAACCUAGAACAGCUCCACGUCUUCGGCAGUCCGAAAUUGGUCAGAUUGGAAGCAGGUCUCUUCAGAUCGCUCCAUAAGCUCUCCCUCAUCAACAUCACAGACACCGGAGUCACCUGGAUCCACCCCCGAGCCUUCGUCGACCUUCCCGAGCUCAACGAGAUUUCCCUCGUGGACAAUAACCUUCCAGAAGCCUCGAUCCUCGGUCGAGCAGUGACCGAUCUCCCUCGCCUCUCCACAAUCCGUCUGGACGGCAACAGAAUCUCUCGUCUCCAAGGAGAAUCCUUCACAGAUCUUCCUUCCCUGAGUCGGCUCAGCCUCUCGAAGAACCUCAUUACGGAGAUCUCGGCCGGAGCCUUCCAGAUUCUCCCCCAGCUCCGAGUUCUAGACCUCAGCGACAACCUCGUCAACAGAAUUCAUCCGGAGUUUUUCAUCCAAAGAAGCGGAAGUGGUCUAGAAGAACUGAGCAUCGUUAACAAUCAUCUGAGUCAUGUGGACGAGCUGAGGUCCAUCCUAGGAGCUCUUCCCAGACUUAAACUUCUGGACGCCUCUCACAAUCAGCUUCAGGAGAUCCCUUUUGGAGCGUUGAGAGGGCAUCCGACGUUAGAGAGACUUCACCUCGAUCACAAUAAAUUGAGCUUCCUCCAGAGGGAGACGUUCUCGGCGAUGCCGGCGCUCAGAGAAUUGCGGCUGAAGAACAAUUCGCUCACUAAUCUAUUAGAAGCUCCUUUCUGGAAUCUUCCUGGAUUGAAGGGGCUGGAUCUCUCUGAGAACUACUUCAGGCAUGUCGAGCCGAUCCUACUUGCAAACCUACCGAACCUUAGGAGGCUUGACUUGAGUGGGAAUGGAAUCACUCUUGUCGAACCAGAUUCGUUCAUCAAUACUCCGUCCCUUGAGCACUUGAACCUCUCCAGGAAUGCCAUCUCUGUGGUUCAUCCCAUGACCUUGAGCCACUUGACGGCGCUCUAUGAGCUGGAUGUUGGGUGGAAUAGACUGCUGGAGGUGGUUCCAGGGCUCCCGAAGAAUAUAGAGCAUCUACAUCUGGCGAUGAACAGGAUCAUCAUGCUGCCGAUGAUUGAGAGUCAGGAUCUAGCACUUCCUGCACUUAGAUCACUCGAUUUGAGUGCCAAUGGCAUUGAUAGGAUCCUUCCGGGGACUCUGAGCGAGCUGCCGAGCCUGAAGAAGCUUCAUCUGGGGUAUAACUCUCUGAGAAUGCUGGAGGAGGGAACCUUUGAGGGGCUUAUGAGGCUUGAGCAGCUGGAUCUGAGGUACAAUAGGCUGAUGUCCCUGCACGGAAGGUGUCUUAAGCCUCUGAGGUCGCUUAUGGAUCUUAAUCUCAGGGGGAAUAGGCUCGAGGUGAUCAGGGCCGAUGUCUUUGCGGAGAAUGUCCAGUUACAGAGACUCGAUCUCGCGAGGAAUAAUCUGGCCCAGAUCCCACAUUCUGCGUUUUCCAGCACGAGGGACCUGAGGGAACUUUACGCAUCGCACAACACACUGACCGAGUUGCCUGGUUCGCUGCACGGCCUGGCUGCCCUCGAGGUGUUGGAUCUGAGCUUCAAUAAGCUUAAUAUUCUGUCACCUGAGACGCUGAGCAGUUUGAACUCUCUGCUUGAAUUGAGACUGGUGAGGAAUAAAAUCAAGGAACUAAGGGAGGGGGCGUUUAAUCGAUUGCCGAGAUUAAGCUUCAUUGAUCUUGAGAGUAAUGAUUUGCGGAUUAUCGAAAGGAAUGCUGUGCGGAAUCUACCCGAACUGCAGGCCAUUCGAUUAGGAAAGAAUCGCAUUCAGAUGAUACCCAGUGGAGCAUUUACAGACCUGCCCCUCCUUCAAACAGCAGAACUCCAGGAAAAUCGAAUUCAACAAAUAGCGAACAAUGCUUUCAUCAACGUUCCCCACAUUCUAUUCCUGAAUUUGAGUCACAACUUACUCCCGAGUCUCGAGCACGCUGGGUUAUCAUCUCUACGUUCCUUGGAGGUUCUCGAUGUCAGUAAAAAUCGACUCACGAGAGUGUCAACGGACAGUCUGGCAGCCCUGGAGUGGCUCGUCGAAUUGAAGAUGGAUCAAAAUCGCAUCUGUGGCAUCCAAGGUGUUCCUUUUGACAACAUGUCUCGUUUACGAGUCAUCAGUAUGAGGAAGAAUCGAAUGACGUCAAUUCCUGAGGGUGCAUUUAAACGAUUGAGAUCAAAUAUCGCGGUGUUGGAUAUCGAUGGAAAUCCACUCGCCUGUUCCUGUGGAAUGAUUUGGCUGAGAGGGUGGCUGCAGCAGGGUUCCUCAGAGGGCCCCAAGUGUGCUGACGGCAGUUUAUUCAGAGAAAUGCGACUCAGCCGACAGGAUUGCCUCUCGAGAAAGCAAGUAGAGUCGGUGCAUCCUGGAUGUGAGGCUGAAAUGAUCGAUCAAACUGCCGGUUCUUCUCUCUUCGGUGAGAAUCCGCCAACUUCCCCUUGGAUGAACCUUCACGGCCCAUCGAAAUUCUCCCACACCCCAGAAGACUACAUGUACGAUGACUAUCCAAACUACCCCCUCGACAACAUAACGGAUCAAGCCACGAGCGAGGACAUCACCAAGUCGUCGACCUCCUCACCCAACACCCUCACUGCCCACACCCAGACAGGUCCAGUCUCCUUCACUCGCCCUUCCUCCUCUCCCAAUUCCUUCAAGCAAACUCCCCCGAAGAAGAAAAAUCCACCAAUUCCCCCCUCUCCCAGCAGUUCAGGCUUCACCUUCUUCGGAGUUCCCCUCCCGAAUCUAAGCUUCAACCUCUGGGGAAACUCCAGCAAAAAGUCCCAGAGGAAAGAGGACGGUCGUCCCUCUCGAGGAAGAUACCGAACCUUCCCUCCAUCAGAACCAGAAAUACAAAAGGGAGGAUUCUACCCUCUCCCCCAGCCUGAAGGGGGCUUCGUGCCCAUCGUAGACCCAAGAUUUACUCUAGAAAACUCAAAACGGAGGGACAUGAGGAACGAAACGAUAAAGAGUGUAAACAGAACGGCCACAGUAACUCGAGUGUUUCAACCUCCAGGAAGAAAAAAGACGCCUAAACCUUCUGAAUUGACAUCACCAUCUUCAUUAUCCUUAUCAUCUUCUUCCAGAUCUCACAAAACCAGUCAUGAAGAGACCACAACAUUGAGAGUAACUUCAGACUCACCAACAUCCCCGAGUGCCCCGGAAGUGAUAAAAAUCCCCAGCUCAACGAUCCCUAUGAACUUCACAAUUCCCCCGGACUUGUCUCAAAAUUCCUCCAAUAAAUCAAUCUCAAUCUCCACUGAAGUCUACAACGGUGAGAAGCUGGACGUGGAUUCAGAGGAGUCGACGUUCGUGGAGGGACAAUUGGCUAGUAAAAUUGUUUGGACGACUCCAAAAGCUAGUGACACUUCAGAAAGUCUUCUGAAUAAUGCUGCUACCGAGGGAAUCUAUCAGACCAGAAGUAAAAAUCAUUUAUUCGAGCUUGAGGAUCAUACUUCAUUGAUCAAGCCUGAGGGAACGUCCCCAAUGGGCCCAGAGGAGCCAGUGAUUUACGUAACGACUGAACAUUCUGAUGAGGAGACAGUUACGAUUGUCAAUGAGAGAGAGAGGCUGUUGGGGCAGAGCAGCAAGGGGAUGGAGGCCUCAGCUUUGUCAGCGUUCCUGGUACCUGGGGGACAGGUGGGGUCGACUCCUCAGAUCAUUGCGAGGACCUUGGGGAGGUCAACCAUUGAGAAAGUUACUUCGCCACAUUUGGGGAACCAGAGCCGAGCUGGGAAGAAUAAAUCGGAUGAGACUUCGAUGAUGAGCGAGGUGGAGAUCGAACGAGGAGAGGGGGAGUGGGAGACGGUGAAGGACAGUGUUAAUGGACAGGAUGAUCCCUUCAAUUGGUAUUUCCAGAAUUAUAACGAGAGCAAUUUAGAACCGUUUGUUGGGGUUGCUUACAGUGGAAGUAAUGGAGAUAGUAAAGCUGUUUCGGUGGCUUUGAUUGUGGGAGGAUUUUUUGUGUUUGUGAGAGUUUUUAUGUGA